AUGAUUGCCACGUUAGUGUUGGCGAUGAAUUCUGGAAGAAAUGAAAUGGUAGAUGAAAUGGAAUUAAAUGAAAUGAUAAAUCCAACGUUUGGUCCACCAGAUACCGGUAAUAGAACGGAAACACUUGGUAAUAGCUCAUCAGUUUUUGGCAGAUUUAUAGCACGAGGACGAUUAUUUAUGCUUGAUAGAGAGGUUCAUGUUAUGGAGAUUUAA